AUGAACUGGGCAUCCCUGCAGGGCCUCCUGAGCGGGGUCAACAAGUACUCCACAGCACUCGGCCGCAUCUGGCUGUCGGUGGUGUUCAUCUUCCGCGUGCUGGUGUACGUGGUGGCGGCCGAGGACGUGUGGGAUGACGAGCAGAAGGACUUCGUGUGCAACACCAAGCAGCCAGGCUGCUCCAACGUCUGCUAUGACCAGUUCUUCCCCGUGUCCCACGUGCGCCUCUGGGCACUACAGCUCAUCCUGGUCACCUGCCCCUCGCUGCUGGUGGUCAUGCACGUGGCCUACCGGGAGGAGCGGGAGCGCAAGCACCGCCUGAAACACGGGCCCAGCGCCCGGUCCCUGUACGACAACCCCAGCAAGAAGCGGGGCGGGCUCUGGUGGACAUACCUGCUGAGCCUCAUCUUCAAGGCCGCCGUGGACUCCGGCUUCCUCUACAUCUUCCACCGCAUCUACCGGGACUAUGACAUGCCCCGCGUGGUGGCCUGCUCCCAGGCGCCCUGCCCCCACACCGUGGACUGCUUCAUCUCCCGGCCCACGGAGAAGAAGGUCUUCACCUACUUCAUGGUGGCCACAGCCGUGAUCUGCAUCCUGCUCAACCUCAGCGAGAUGUUCUACCUGGUGGGCAAGCGGUGCCUGGAGACCCUCGGCCCCAGACGCCGGCGGGCUCGUCGCCGGAGUCACCUCACCGAUUCGUGCCCCCCGUAUAUCCUCUCCCAGGGAGAGCACGCCCAAGAUGGGAACUCUGUCCUGAUGAAGGUUGGGUCGGUCACGGUGGAUGCCAGUGGGUACCCAUAA